AUGGAGGCGGACAUGAAAGAAGGUUUCCUAUGCCCAGAAUGUAAAAAAGAUUUAACUUCGGCAGAAUUAUUAUUACAACAUGUUACAUUAGAACAUGGCAAAACGAAGGGGAAAGUUCUGCCCGUAUUUAACGAGAUCUAUUAUGACGAUGAUCGCUUUUAUAAACAAGAAAUCGGUCUAAUCAAUCGUGUAACUGAAGAAUUUCGUCGCUUACGUAAUCAGUCUAUUGACCAUGGUUUUAUGGAAACGAAUAAAUUAGUUUUUCGCCUAGAAAAGUUACUAAAAUCGCUAAACGAGGUUAGCAAGGUGAAUCCACUUUAUCGUAAAGCUGCCGAGAAAAAAGUAGUGCCAUGGACACAAGAUGAUGAUGUAUCUGCUUGCCAAUGCUGUGAAUAUCUAGUUGAACCAACUGCCAGCUCUCGUGCUAGUAACAAUCAGAAAGAUGAUGAAAGCGAACCAUUUCGAGUUUGUCCAAACUGUAAUGUUCGUUUAUCAAGGUAUAUGCAACAUCUUAAGGAAAAAUUUGAAAGCCCUGUCAUUCUUGUAUAUUAUGAGAAAAUGAAAGAAAAUAUGGAUUCUAUUACAAAGGGUAUUCCAGAUUACGAAAAAAUGGCUAAAUCACUCAGUGCUGGAGGGAGUGAAUAUAGUUUAGAGGUCGCUGCCAAUCUUCGCGUUAAGUUACUCAAGUUAUUUGAACAAAUUGAUGGAAUAAGCAAAAAAAUCGCCGUUUUAGAUGUAGACAUGGCCGAUUCCGCUACAUUGUUUAACUCUGCUUCAGAAAAAUUGCGACGCGGUAUACGACAAUUCGCAACUAAGUUUUUACAAGAUAAAAUGUUAACAUUACCUGGAUUACCUACUGAAGAGGAAUUGAAUAAUCUACAACGGCAGCGAAAAGCAGUUAUUCAAAGAAAGAUUGAAUUAGAAAGAGCCGAAAAUUUAGUACGAGCAGAAUAUACAAAAAACCAGGCGUCGAUGUCUCCUGAUAGGGGAGAAUCUACAUCUAGAGUUGAAUUUUCUAAAAAUCAGCAUUCUGUUGCUGUCAAAUCAGAUAUUAAUACAAAUGAUAGUUUCCAACGAAGACGAGUUGCUUCCAAGAAUGACACCAACCAUGAUUGGGUUGUACGCGGAUCAAUUAGUGCUCCAUCGGAAGAUGUAAUUAAUGUCUGGGAAGAGCAAGCUAAAAACUUAAGAAAAUACAUUGAAAUAGCUAGAAGUGAAGGAAAAUAUGACGACGUUGCUUCAUUAGAACGCAAUUUAUCUGAAAUACAGGCCGAAAUCAUGAAUCAAUAA